GAAUACACACAACGUAAUAUUCCCAAGAUGGAGGGAAAUGUAAUGUCGCAAACUUUGACUAGCGUCGAGACUCCUCUACCAAACGCGAAUGCCACCGCAAAUCAGGACCGAAACGGGGUUCAAGAUGAUUCGAGUAUUCUAAAAGUCGCUUCAACCCACAUUUCACAGAGUGAAAACGCGGACAAAGCCUCGGCAAAAAAAAUAGCGAGCGCUUUUCGCCAUUAUCGCAAUUCCAGAGAAAAACAAGGAAAGAUAUUAUCCGCCAGGUCGCGAGACAAGAUUAAGAAAGUUGAAGUCACAGGAGCGUGCUUGCAUUUACCUGGUACUUGUGAGGUGUGGUCACGUUGGGAAGAAUUACUUGAUAUCAUCGUGGAACAAAUACAUAGAAGAAAUAACACGGAUGGUCCUCUGAAUACAAAUCAAAAGUUAGAACUCGCUGUAUCCGUAGUUGAGCGUAUUGGAAAGGGUUCAUCGAAGAAUCAUCUCUGGCUAAUAUUAGACACCGAACAUUGGCUAGAGAUUUGUGAUGCAAAGCAUAGAUAUGGGUCGAAUCUCAAGGUAUAUCAUGAUUAUUGGCUUCACACCAAUACACAGGAAAACUUCUUUGAAUGGCUAGACGGAGCGGGGAAGGAUGUAAGUUUCGAAAGUUGCACACGAAGUAAGCUCGAAGAACAACGAGUCAAGUACCUUUCACCCGAAGAGCGAUUAGAUUAUGAGGUGACAUUCAAGGAUGGACUGCUGAUAUACAAGAAAAGUGAGAAACCCGUUCACACCAAUCCAUCAAGCACGUCUGCUGAAACAUCAGAAAAUGAUAUUAAUGUUUUAAAAUCGCCUGCGCCCAAUUUAUCGGGCAGUCCAAAAGAAAGUAAAGAUAAGCAACCGUUUUCUCAUCCCACGCACAAUCGCAAUGACAGCGAGGCAAGCAAUAGUAAUGUUGCUGUACGGGAAAAAUGGAUCUAUGUCACCGAUUGUGAAGAAAGAUUUUAUGUGGGCCGAAAGCAAAAAGGUCACUUUCAUCAUUCGUCAUUCCUCGCAGGAGGUGCCAUAUGUGCUGCCGGUGGAAUCAAGGUUGAUCAAGGGAAGCUACUUGAAAUCAAUCCCAACAGCGGGCAUUACAAACCAGCACAGCGUCAUUUUAAAGCUCUCAUUGAAAGAUUGCGUAACGGAGAUGUAGAUUUAGAUAGCAACGAGGUUAAAGUGGUCUAUCCCAACGAUAUUCUAGAGCAGCAUCUGAUGGAGAAGUACAAGAUCAAACGUCUCGUAGAUUUGAAUAUUGCGUAUGAUGCAGUUGUUCGAGAUGCAGGACAAAUGGUCAACCAACAAUUUGACACGGUUGAUCGGAAAUUCACAAAAGCAUCAAAUGUUAUUAAGAAAAACAUGAAGUCACUUCUUAGGGAGUAUAAAGACUCGCUUCGUGUGUGGGCAAGCACCAUGAAUUCUCAAUUGAAUGUUAGUAAAGGUCAGGUUGGGACUAACACCGAUGGUAAUCAUAAUAGUUCGGGGUCAACCAGUCCUAACAUUCAACCGACAUUCGGAGUGCGCGGAACAGAUAAAACUAAAAGUAAGCAUGAACGAAAGUUCAGUGGAUUUCUUCAAGAAAUCCUCACAGGGGUUGUAUUAUUUUUUUUAAGUCCUGUCGACGUUAAGAAUGCUGCUUUAGUAGUAAAAAAAGAUAAUGGUGACCAUGUGAAUGAUGGCGGAUCGGUUAUUUUACCUUCAGGAGGUAGUGUGAAUACUUCAAUGUAA